AUCAGUGGAUGCUGUAGACUUGCGUUGCUCUGUGCCCGCCAUCCCUCCGCAGCCAGGCAGACCGCAGAAACUGACAAGAGUAGCCGACUGAAGGAGGGCUGAGCCAAGAUGGGACGAGACAUCUGGCACGACAGAGCCAGCACAACAACAGGAAGUCUGGUGUAGAAGCUGAACCAGAAGAGAGCCCAGGCAGCAGUAGUAGCAGCGACAGCAGUGGUGGGGUGGUAGAUGCCCUCCCCUCAGCCUCAGGCCCAGUUCCUCCCCAGGCCCCUGUAGGAGAGAAGAGAGAGGACAGCUCCUGCUUUGGCAGCUCUGUAGACUCCAGCGAGGAAGAGGAGGACAAAGAGGAGGACCCCGCCAUGUUCUCUAACUUUCUAAGCGGGGCGAACCCCCUCAGCUCUGUCUCCUCUGCUGUCAGAGGAGGUCUUUUUGGGGACAAUGGGGAGGUUGACAAACAGAAAGCAGGCGCUCAGCAUCCUGGGUCAGUUCCUGGCCCUGGGAAUGCCCCACAGCAGCAACAGGGAGGACCCCAGCUGCAGGGGAACGGUCAGGCUGGUCAAGCAGCCAAACUUAGCGGGCAGCAAGCCCCCGCUAAGGGUGGACCACAACAGCAAGGACCUCCUAAGGGUGGUCCACAACAGCAAGCCCCUCAUAAGCAAGGACCUGCAAAAGGUGGACCACAACAACAAGCCACCCAACAGCAAGGGCCUGCUAAGGGUGGAUCCCAACAGCAAGGGUCCCCUAAGGUUGGAGCUCAGACACAAGGGUCCCCUAAGGUUGGAGCUCAGACACAAGGGUCCCCUAAGAUUGGAGCUCAGACACAAGGGUCCCCUAAGGUUGGAGCUCAGACACAAGGGUCCCCUAAGAUUGGAGCUCAGACACAAGGGUCCCCUAAGGUUGGAGCUCAGACACAAGGGUCCCCUAAGAUUGGAGCUCAGACACAAGGGUCCCCUAAGGUUGGAGCUCAGACACAAGGGUCCCCUAAGGUUGGAGCUCAGACACAAGGGUCCCCUAAGAUUGGCACUCAGCAGCAGGGUUCCCCCAGGACUACAUCACAGCAGCAAGCCGCUGGUAAAGCUGGGCAUCAGUCUAAAGAUGGACCUAUGGCUGGAGCUAAACCCCUGUGCCCAGUGUGUAACACUACCGGACUCAACCUGAACACCAAGGAGCCACCCAACCAUAACACCUGCACACAGUGUAAGACUGUCGUCUGCAGCUUGUGUGGCUUCAGUCCUCCUGACUCUGGCGGUAAGGAGUGGCUGUGUCUGACCUGCCAGAUGCAAAGAGCACUCGGAGGCUCUGACCCACCUGGAACCCCAAAGAUGAAACCCCAGCCUUCACCCAACAAAGCCUCUAUAUCUCCUGCACCACAGAAGAAAGACACCUCUACACAAGGCUCCAUCCAGAAAAACCCUGCUCCAUCAGCAACACAGCCACCUAAGGCAGAGACUGCUAAAGCAGCAGACCCUCAGACACCGGCUAGCCCAGUACCUGCUCGGAAUGCACCACAGGAGAACCGGAGAACAUCAGGGCCUCAGAAACCGCCAGAGCAGCCAGGCCAACCUGGGCAUAAGCAGAGUAAUGCCACCCCAUGCACACAGCAGGAGCCUGGGAAGCCUCAGCAAGCGCUUCCAAAGGAUGGAGCCUCUCCUGCCAAAGUUGUGCCACAGCUACAGGCUCAGGCCCCUAAGCAGGAGUCAGGGGGCUUCUUUGGCUUUGGUGGUCCUAAGUCUCAGCCUGCUGCUUCAAAGGCUGAAGAUUCAGUGUCUGGGAAGAUGUUUGGCUUUGGCUCCUCCAUCUUCAGCUCUGCAUCCACUUUGAUCACUUCAACUGUUCAGGAUGAGCCCCACACCACACCACCAGCUUCCCCCAUGGUGUCUGCAGCAGCCCAGGCCUCUCCCAAGAUGCCCCCUGCAAAGGAGACCAAACCACCUGCUACUCAGAAAGCAGAGGAGAAGAAAGCAGAGCAACCCCAACAGGCCAAGGUCCCCGCAUUAUUACAGGCCAAAGUAGACCAACCCCCAUCAGAGCCUCCAAAGGGAGCAGCAUCCUCCCAACCAGCUCUCAAAGCAGGCCAGUCCACCUGUCCACUAUGCAAGGUGGAACUCAACAAGGGCUCCAAGGAUCCUCCCAACUACAACACCUGUACCGAAUGCAAGAACACUGUCUGCAACCUCUGUGGAUUUAACCCCAUGACAAAUGUUGCUGAGGUGAAGGAGUGGCUGUGUCUGAACUGCCAGAUGAAGAGAAUGGAACCCACAGGACCUCCCAUGAUGAAACCCCAACCUUCUCCAAACAAAGGUUCUGCACCUCAGAAGGCCACUGUCACACCCAUCGCUACCCAAAAGAAAGACAUUCCAACACCAGGCUCCCCCCAGAGAAAACCUGCUACAUCAGCAACAGAGCCACUUAAGGCAGAUGCUGCCAGAGCAGCAGACCUUCAGAAACCAGCCAGCCCAGCACCUGUUAUGAAGGCACCACAGGAGAACCGGAGAACAUCAGGGCCUCAGAAACCACCAGAGCAGCCAGGCCAACCUGGGCAUGAGCAGAGUAAUGCCACCCUGUCACAGCAGGUGCCUGGGAAGCCUCAGCAAGAGCCUCCAAAAGGUGGGACAUCUCCUGCAAAAGCUGUGCCAACACUACAGGCCAAGCCCCCCAAGCAGGAGUCAGGGGGCUUCUUUGGUGGCUUUGGUGGUCCUAAAUCUCAGUUUACCUCAAAGCCUGAAGAUUCAGUGUCUGGGAAGGUGUUUGGCUUUGGCUCCUCCAUCUUCAGCUCUGCAUCCACUUUGAUCACCUCAGCUGUUCAGGAUGAGACCCACACCACACUACCAGGUUCCCCAAAGGUGUCUGCAGCAGCCCAGGCCUCUCCCAAGAUGCCCGCUGCAAAUGAGACCAAACCACCUGCUACUCAGAAAGCAGAGGAGAAGAAAGCAGAGCAACCCCAACAGGCCAAGGUCCCCGCAUCAGUACAUGCCAAAGUAGACAAACCCCCAUCAGAGCCUCCAAAGGGAGCAGCAUCCUCCCAACCAGCUCUCAAAGCAGGCCAGUCCACCUGUCCACUAUGCAAGGUGGAACUCAACAUGGGCUCCAAGGAUCCUCCCAACUACAACACCUGUACCGAAUGCAAGAACACUGUCUGCAACCUCUGUGGAUUCAACCCCAUGCCAAAUGUUACUGAGGUGAAUGUGUGGCUGUGUCUGAACUGCCAGAUGCACAGAGCACUUGGAGGAAUGGAACCUCAAGGACCUACCAUGAUGAAACCCAAGCCUUCCCCCAACAAAGUCUCUGCUUCUGCUGCUCCUCAAAAGAGAGACACACCAACAGCAUCUGGUCCCCAAAAAGUGGCCACUGCACCAGCCUCACCCAAAAAGGAGCCAGUGACUCCAGCCUCUCAGCCUGUCCCCUCAAAACCUGAAGAGUCAGUGUCUGGGAAGAUGUUUGGCUUUGGCUCCUCCAUCUUCAGCUCUGCAUCCACUUUGAUCACCUCAGCUGUUCAGGAUGAGCCCCGCACCACACCGCCAGCUUCCCCUAUGGUGUCUGCACCCGUUGCGCUUCAAAAGCAGGAGACUCCCAAACCAACUGGUGCCCAAAAAGGUGCACCAACACCAGUGUCGCCCAAAAAAGAGGCUCAAACACCAGCCACAGCCCGAAAGAAGGACACCCCAAUGCCAGCCUCCCCCCAGAGAAAGCCAGACUCCCCCACAAUGACUGCAAAGCAAGACCAGAAACAUGCAAGUCCUCUAAAACCAGGAGACCCAUCAGGGGCUAAGCAGGGGAGUGCUGUACAACCACAGCAGCAGCCCCCACAGCAGAAGACUCCACAAGUCCAGCCUCAGCAGACCCCAGCAAGUGCACCGAAAGCAGAGCCUGUGAAGCCUCAACAACAGCCUCCUAAAGUUGGGACCUCUCCAGGACCUGCUCAGAAGACACCACAGGAAAACCGGAGAACAUCAGAAGUUCAGAAACCACCACAGCAGCCCAGCCCUGGGCGUAGGCAGAGUAGUGCCAUUCCGUCCACACAGCAACACCCCAGGCAGGAGUCAGGAGGCUUCUUUGGCUUUGGUGGUCCCAAAUCUCAGUCUACCCCCUCAAAGCCUGAAGAGGAAGUGUCUGGGAAGAUGUUUGGCUUUGGAUCCUCCAUCUUCAGCUCUGCAUCCACUUUGAUCACCUCAGCUGUUCAGGACAAACCCCAUACCACUCUGCCAGCUUCCCCCAAGUUGUCUGCACCUGCCUCUCCCAAGAUGCCCCCUGCAAAGGAGACCAAACCAUCUGCUGCUCAGAAAGCAGAGGAGAAGAAAGCAGAGCAACCCCAACAGGCCAAGGUCUCCCCAUCUGUACAGGCCAACGUGGACAAACCCCCAUCAGAGACUCCAAAGGGAGUAGCAUCCUCCCAACCAGCUCCCAAAGCAGGCCAGUCCACCUGUCCACUAUGCAAGGUGGAACUCAACAAGGGCUCCAAGGACCCUCCCAACUACAACACCUGCACCGAAUGCAAGAACACUGUCUGCAACCUCUGUGGAUUUAACCCCAUGCCAAGCGUUACUGAGAUGAAGGAGUGGCUGUGUCUGAACUGCCAGAUGCAGAGAGCUCUUGGAGGAAUUGAACCCCCAGAACCCCUCAUGAUGAAACUGUAUCCCAACAAAGUUUUUGCACCUCAAACAGUCACUAUCACACCUAUUGCAGCCCAAAAGGACAUUACAACACCUGCUGCAUCUGUGAAGACAAACAGUCCAAUCCCAAGCUCCCCUCAAAGGAAACCAGUUCCCCCUGCAGCUGAAGUAUCAAAAGCUGAAGCUACUAAAGCAGCAGACACUCAAAUGCCGGCAAGCCCAGCUCAGAUGGCAUCACAAGGGAACCGGAGAGCUUCAGAACCUCAGAAACAACCACAGCAGCCCAGCCAGCAUGGGCGUAGGCAGAGUAGUGCCAUCCCGGACACACAGCAACACCCCAAGCAGGAGUCAGGAGGCUUCUUUGGCUUUGGUGGUCCCAAAUCUCAGUCUACGCCCUCAAAGCCUGAAGAGUCAGUGUCUGGGAAGAUGUUUGGCUUUGGAUCCUCCAUCUUCAGCUCUGCAUCCACUUUGAUCACCUCAGCUGUUCAGGACGAGCCCCAUUCCACACCGCCAGCUUCCCCCAAGGUGUCUGCACCGGCCUCUCACAAGUUGCCCCUUGCAAAGGAGACCAAACCACCUACUACUGAGAGAGCAGAGGAAACAAAAGCAGAGCAACCCCAGCAGGCCAAGGCCCCCCCAUCAGUACAGGCUAAAGUGGACCAACCCCCAUCAGAGCCUCCAAAGGGAGUAGCAUCCUCCCAACCAGCACCCAAAGCAGGGCAGUCCACCUGUCCACUCUGCAAGGUGGACCUCAACAUUGACUCCAAGGACCCUCCCAACUACAACACCUGUACUGAAUGCAAGAACACUGUCUGCAACCUCUGUGGAUUUAACCCAAUGCCACAUGUUACAGAGGUGAAGGAAUGGCUGUGUCUGAACUGCCAGAUGCAGAGAGCUCUUGGGGGAAUGGAAACCCCAGGACCCCUCAUGAUGAAACCCCAACCCUUACUCAACAAAGUUUCUACACCUGUUGCACCUCAACAGGAGACUCCGGCAUCUCAAAAGGAAAUGGAGACUGCCAUACCUGCUGUAGAUCAGAAGAAGGCCGCCUCCACACUCCUAAAAGAGGAGACAACCACACUUGCUGCACCACAAAAGGAGACUCCAUUACCAGCCUCAUCCAAAAUGGGGGAGACACCAGUUACAGCUUUAAAGCAGGACACUCCAACACCAGAGUCACCACAAAAUAAAAAAUAUCCUACACCACCAGGUGUGUCUGUAACAGAUAAGGUCCCAACCACAGCUUUGCCUGUCAAGAAGGAAGUUUCUGCCUCAGCCCUUAUCAAGGAGGAACCAACCUAUGCCUCCGCUCUCAUCAAGCAGUCACCACCUCCUUCCUCAGCUCUCAACAAGGAGGCACCAACUCCUGCCUCAGCUCUCACCAAGGAGGUCACUGGUUCACCUCUCACUAAGGAGGCACCAGCCCCAGCCUCACCUCAAAAGAAUAAGGAACCUAUACUACCAGGGUCACAAAACAGAAAGGUGGCCCCAACACCAGGUUCAACCCAAGAUAACUAUGCUGUACAAUCAGGUUUACCUCUGAAGAAGGAAGCACCACUUUCGACAGCAGUAGAGACUAAAGAGGUCCAACAUCCAGCUGCAGUUCAAAGCAAUGAGGCACCUGUUCCAGAUUCACUCAAAACAAAAGAGAAUACAACAGUUGGCACCGCACUGAAAAAAGAGGCUUCAUCUACUGAGAUCUCGAUUGACAACCAGAAACCUGCAAUUGUUCAAAAGUCGAUGGAGCCACCAGCCACACCUACAAACAAGCAGAACGAGGCUGUUCAACCCUUACAGCAGCCAGAAAAGCAAAUGCCUGCACAGGAACAGCCUCUGGCACAAGUACAGCCCCAGGAAGCUCCAAAGUCAGACCCCAAAAGCACUCCCCCAAAGCAGGAGCUUGGGAAACCAGCCAGUCCAGCACCUGCUCAGAAGGCACUAGAGAACCGGAGAACAUCAGAACCUCAGACACCACCACAGCAGCCCAGCCAGAGUAGUGCCAUCCCAUCCACGCAGCAACCCCCCAAGCAGGAGUCAGGAGGCUUAUUUGGCUUUGGUGGUCCCAAAUCUCAGUCUACCCCCUCAAAGCCUGAAGAGUCAGUGUCUGGGAAGAUGUUUGGCUUUGGCUCCUCCAUCUUCAGCUCUGCAUCCACUUUGAUCACCUCAGCUGUUCAUGACGAAACCCGCACCACACCGCCAGCUUCACCCAAGAUGUUUGCACCUGCCUCUCCCAAGAUGCCCCCUGCAAAGGAGACCAAACUACCUGCUUCUCAGAAAGCAGAGGAGAAGAAAGCAGAGCAACCCCAGCAGGCCAAGGUCCCCCAAUCAAUACAGGCCAAAGUUGACAAUCCCCCUUCAAAGCCUCCAAAGGGAGCAGAAUCCUCCCAACCAUCUCCCAAAGCAGGCCAGUCCACCUGUCCACUCUGCAAGGUGGAACUCAACAAGGGCUCCAAGGACCCUCCCAACUACAACACCUGUACCGAAUGCAAGAACACUGUCUGCAACCUCUGUGGAUUCAACCCCAUGCCACAUGAAACAGAGGUAAAGGAAUGGCUGUGUCUGAACUGCCAGAUGCAGAGAGCUCUUGGAGGAAUGGAACCCCCAGGACCGCCGAUGAUUAAAUCCCAACCCUUGCCAAGCAAAGUUUCCACACCUGCUGCAUCUCAAAAGCUGACCCCAGCACCAGCUAAACCCCAAAAGGAGGAGAUUCCAGUACCUGCGGCUGCCCAAAAAGAGAUUCCUCCACCCACUGUACCUCAGGAGACACUAAUACCGGCUGGAACCCCAUCAACAGCUGUAGUCAAAAAGGAGGAGACCCCAGCACCAGGAUCCCCACAAAACAAACAUGCUCCACCUGCUGUGGCUGUAAAGGACAAACAGGAACCUAUAAUUGUUCAGAAACCAUUGGACCAAACAAUUGCAGUGACACCCAUACCCAGUGGUGCUGCUACACCUGCACAGCAGCCAGAAAAGCAAACUCCUUCACUGCAACAGCCUGAUGCAAAGCCCCCACCACAACUACAGCCCCAGCAAGUUCCAAAGAUAGACCCCAAAAUUGAUCCCCUAAAGCAGGAGCCUGGAAAGCCUCAACAACAGCUUCCAAAAGGUGGGACCUCUCCUGCUAAAGCUGCAUCACAACCACAGGCCAAGCCCCCAAAGCAGUCAGUGGGCUUCUUUGGCUUUGGCGGUGCUAAAUCUCAGCCUGCUCAGUCAAAGCCUGAAGAGUCAGUGUCUGGGAAGGUGUUUGGCUUUGGCUCCUCCAUCUUCAGCUCUGCAUCCACUUUGAUCACCUCAGCUGUUCAGGAUGAGACCCACACCACACCACCAGCUUCCCCCAUGGUGUCUGCAGCAGCCCAGGCCUCUCCCAAGAUGUCCCCUGCAAAGGAGACCAAACCACCUGCUACUCAGAAAGCAGAGGAGAAGAAAGCAGAGCAACCCCAGCAGGCCAAGGUCCCCACAUUAUUACAGGCCAAAGUGGACCAACCCCCAUCAGAGCCUCCAAAGGGAGCAGCAUCCUCCCAACCAGCUCUCAAAGCAGGCCAGUCCACCUGUCCACUAUGCAAGGUGGAACUCAACAAGGGCUCCAAGGAUCCUCCCAACUACAACACCUGUACCGAAUGCAAGAACACUGUCUGCAACCUCUGUGGAUUCAACCCCAUGCCACAUGAAACAGAGGAAUGGCUGUGUCUGAACUGCCAGACACAGAGAGCUCUGUCUGGUCAGCUGGGAGACAUGGGGAUGAUGGCCCAGCCACAACUCACUAAGAUCGGUGCCCAGCCCACACCACAGCCUGUAGCCACAUCCACAAAGACAGAGCCCCAGUUUCCAGCAGCAACCACAACCAAGGCCCAGGCUGUUCCUCUCACAUCAGAGCCCAUUCCACCUACACUAACACCUGCUCUUGCACAAAAGGAGCUGGAGCCAAAGGUGAAACUCCCUGAGGCUGAAGCUCCCAAUGCGGUCGCAAAGGCUGAGGCUCCAAAGACAGAAGUUCUCAAGGUGAAGAUCGCCAAGACAGAGGCACCAAAAAUGGAGUCUUCUGUGGCAGAAGUUCCUACAAGUGAGCUGCCCAAACCUGUACCACCUAAAUCGGAACCACCCAAGACUCCAGUGGUAGCUGCUCCUGUUGUCUCUGUCCCAGUGACUGAGGCCAUGACUGCUCCUGCUCCUCUACCCACCACAGUCGCUACUGCCAUUGCUGUCACUCCAGCCACUGUGGAGGCUAAGGCUCAACCAGCAGAGCUACAUAAACCAACAGAGGAGAAGGUUGAGAAGCCAGCAGAGGAGAAGGUUGAGAAGCCACUGAAGCAACAGAAACCAGUACCUGUCACAGUGGCUGAGAGGGUAACUCCACAACCAGUCCCAACAGCUGAUACUAUCAAGAAAGUGGCCGCUCCAUUGGUUGAAAAGGUGGAUGAUGUCCUUCCUGAACCUCAGCAGAUUCUCACUGAGAAGGAGACUGUGGAGGAGGAGAAAGAGCCAACUGCAGACUCCCUCCUAGCAGACCAGGUAGUAGUUGAGGUACCGUCCAGCCCAGCCAGUCCAUUUGAGGCUGACACCAAGAUUGAGGACCAUAGUAUCAAGUCCCAGGAUGGACCAGAUAUACUUCCUAUCUCACAGGGCUCCUACAGCUCAGAGGAAGAGCUGAAGGAGUUGCAGACAGACAGAAAUGUCCCUAUGAAUGACACGACCGCUGACACAGCCAUGCCUUCCAAGGAAGAGGUGAAUGUGGAGAAGAGGCGUCUGAAUUACGUGCAGAUGGAGGAGAGCAGUGGGAGCGAACCCUCGCCCCAGGUCCAGAGACGGAGGUUAAGUGCGAUAGCAGUCAGCACGGCAGCCUCAUCCAGCAGUGAGGACUACAAAGCAGACAGCCCAGCAGUCAGCCCAGACUCAUCUGUGGAUGAGGAGGAGUUCAUCCGCAGGCAGAUCAUGGGGAUGACAGGAGAGGAGGAGAUGUUUCUCUCAGAGGAGGAAAAAGAUGAGAAAGAGAGCAGAGAGGAGGAGACCAAGGAGGCCGAGGUGGAUAACGAAUCAGGCAAAUCCAAACUUCUGCUAAAGAAAGGCAUUAUGGCUAAUGAAGACAGCCCAGCCAGGAGACCAUCUCUUCCAGGAUCUGAGGCUAAAACCACUGCAGAUAGUUCUGAGCUCACCACCACUGUGUUUAAGAAAGACAUGAUGUUACAGAGAACAAAGAGCACGGAUGAUGGAGAGCCUGAGGUGGAGAGCAUCACAGAGUCUCUGGAGGACAAGUCCAAAGGUGAGGGGUCAUCCAGUGUCCAGGUGUCCAGCUUCACCCCUGGAACCUCUCCCACCUCAGCCUCUUCUCUGGAGGAGGACAGCGACAGCAGCCCCAGCCACAAGAGGAGCGGGGAGGGGAAACAGCACCGCAAGGCUAAGCACAGGCAGGCUGGCCAGUUCCUUCCCACCAUCGAGGACUCGUCAGAAGAGGAGGAACUCAGGGAGGAAGAAGACCACCUCAGGGAUCAGGAUAAACAGAAGGAGUCGGACCAGCAGCAGGGGAAGAGGAGCUCCAAGAAGUCCAAGAGGGAUAAAGAUGAACUACAGACUCAGAGGAAAUGGGAUAAGCCUGUAACCUCGCCCAGUAACCUGUCUCCUAUUGAAAACGCCUCGCCCACUGUGGAGGUGAGGCAGGCUAGAGAGAUGGAAGUGUUUCACAAGUCCUCAGCCUCUGACUAUUCUCCUAGCAUGGAGUCUGAUUCAGAGGCGUUUCACACGGAGGCCAAGAUAGCUGUCCCAAAAGGACAGAAGUUCAGUACUGCAGAGCCACUAAAGAGUGCAGAGGAGGUAUAUGAGGAGAUGCUUCAGAAAGCUAGAUCUCCUAAUGGAGAGACAGAGCCAGUCCCUGAGAUAGAGCCACUCUACGGUGGCAUGGCCAUAGAGGACUACCUCUAUGAGUCCCUAGUGGAGGAGCCUGAAGCUAAACCUAGUUCAGCCCGACCGGAGCAGCCCAGUAAAGACCAUGCUAAAGAGCCAGGGAAGAAAAGUUUAAGGUCUCCUGAAGAGGUGUAUGAGGAGAUGAUGCAGAAAAAGAAGGAACUGAUGUUGAUAGAGCAGGAGUUUCAGAGGGCUCAGUCAGCGAUGGACACUCCAAAUCCAGAAAUACAUGUGACUGCACCAUCCAGUGCUGCAGCUGAGAGCUGCAAAGUUGGUGAGGCAGAGGGAGAAAAGCCUAUGUUAGAUGCUGAUUCUACCUACGUUAAAAGGAAGAAACGUCCUGCUCCACCACGACCCUCUGAACCUCCUAAACGGCCUGAGGUCAACGUUGCCAAGCCAACAGUUCCUCAGGAUAUGACUAUGAGGAGGGCUCUUUUCCCCAUACCGGACUUGAAGAUCACCCAGUGUUCCUCUGGAGAGGAUGAGACAGAUGAUAGUAUAAUAGAGGAGUAUGGAGUGGGAGUGUCCUCUGAUAUUACCCCUAGCGAUGAGUCUGAGACUAAAGAACAGGUAGAGUCCUCUCCAGUUUCAGAACAUACCCCAAUAACAGAGGCAGCUGAGAUUGAACCCAUCACAGUAGUGUGUGAGGUUCCCCAGGCGAAAGCUACUCCAGCUCCUGCCCCUGAGACAGUUCUAGCCACCAGUACAACCACCACAACAUCACCAAUCUCUCCAGUAUCACCGCCCACCUCACCAGCAACUCCAGACUCAAGUCUAGCCUCCAAUGCUACUUCCUCCUCCUCUUUCCAAGCUCCAAGUCCUCUCUCCUCUGACUCUACUCCAGUGUCCACUCCAACACCAGACCUGGCCAAAGCUGCAGCUCCCUUCGCAGCUCAGCCACCUGCUGAUAUCUCCCCUCCUUCUAUUGCUCCCAUUAUGGCUGUUUCUCCAACCACAGUUUUGGUCACAAUUCCAGAUGUGGUGACAGAUCCAACCCAAGCACCAACACCAGCUACGACUACAGUCCAUGCUUCUGCUCCACUAGCCCAACCCCAAGCUCCUGCCACAGUCCCUGCCUCAGUGGUGGUGCACAUACCUGAUCCGGUUGUAAUCCAAAUGCCAGACCUGGUUACAUCUCCAUCCCAGAUGUCUGUUCAGCGUCCACCUUCUGUGCAGAUCACAGCACCAACUCCAGUACCAAGCCCAGUACCUUCUGAAGCCACAUCUCCAGUCCCAGCUGCUCCCAGUGCAAUGUCAACUUCGGCUCCAGUCUCUGCUCCAACUCCAGCCCCAGCUCCAGUUGUCGUCCAAAUGCCAGACCUGGUUACCAUCACCUCUUCAGUUUCACCCCAAGCCCCACUGCCUGUGACAUCCUCAGCUCGUGCCCAGGCUACAGUGGUGCAUUCAGUCCCUGUCCAGACUGCUGCCCCACCUCCAACCCCAGUAGUAGUCCCAGCCAUAGGGACACGCCGAAUUCAGAGACAAGCCUCCACCAAAAAAGCCCCACCUCCUCCUCCACCUAGGUCUACAUCAGUCUCCCAGCCACAAACCUCAGCAGAGCCUACCUCUAUCAGGGCCAUCCAUAAUGUCUCCCCAACCGUGACUACCACUAUAGCCAUGGGAGCAGCUCUGCCUGUGGUGGUGAAUGUACAGUCGCUAGUGGAGGAUGUCCGGCCAGAAGGUGUUGCUGGCUCUCAGGUUAUGAUGACCCCAACCAGACAGGGGCAUGCGGUCAUCAUAGUCCCCAAUGUGGAGAACAUGUCGGUGCUCAGCCAGACAACCCAAGACCUUGUGGCAAACUCAGUGGCAAUAACUACCACCUCUGCUGUGGUUGAAGGCAGUAGUCAGAUAGCAGCAAGGCCUGUGGUUGUCAGUGUUGCUCCUUUCUAUACUGCUCCCUCUGUUCCUGCUGUACACAGCUCAGACACAUAUAUACCUUUGGCAGAUACCCCAACACCUCCUUUGCCUCCUCCACCACCCCCUGCUACCUUACUAAAGCCAGCUGUUUAUCCCAAAAAGCCUUCCAUUUCCAUCCCACCUUCAGUCCCAACAUCAGUGCCGGUCUCAGCUGCUUUGACAAUGGCACAGGCGACUGGAACAACCCCAGGCCCCAGUCCAGUACACAAGGCCCCUGCACCCCCUCCAGUCCCCCCCAAGCCUGUGUCCAUCCCUGCAGGGCUGGUGUUCAGCCACCGACCAGGGGAGAGUGUCAAACCUCCAGUGUAUCCCAAUGCCAGCCACACACUACCCACGACCAGAGAAGUGGUUCCGAAAGCCAGCUCAGCAGAGCCAUUCACAGCCACAACACUGCCCAGGACCAGAGAACCUCCCAAUGCCCUGUCUCUGAGUCUGACCACCCCAGUGGAAUCCAAGAUGAGUGCUACCUCACCCAGGUCCCCCCUUUCUCCAAGGAAUGCCAAGUGUCUGGAGACGUAUGUUGUGAUAACUCUGCCCUCAGAGCCUGGCACACCCACAGAGGGUAUCACUGUCCAAGCCCCCAUCAGAAGAGGGUCCAUCCUCCCCUCUAAGCAGACAGGCCCGGGGGUUAGGACCACACCGUCAGAACAGCAGUCACCCAUUGAGGCCUUCUCAGCCCAGGACAAUGUCAGGAAAGCAUCAGUUCCCUCAUUGAGGCAGCCGCCACCACCAACAGCAGCAAUAGGACCAGUCGAAGUAGCAGCACCCCUAGAGGGAGUCAAGGUUCUAGCAACAGCAAGGCGGCCUUCCAUACCAUCAGCUAUGCAGCCUCCAUACAGUAUGGCUGAGGUGGUGACAGUUUCAGCUGGGUCUGAGAUGCCUAUUCAGGUACACAAUGUCCCAGCUCCAAUCAAGAAACCGUAUAAACCUCCAACAGCCAAGCCACCGCAGACAGUGUCUGUGGUUAUGACGAUGCCAUCAGAGCCACAGGUUCCUGUAGAAGUGUCUGCAACUCAAGCCUCUGGUAGAAGGGCAUCAAUACCUGCUGUACCUCAGCAGCCACAAUAUGUGGCUGAAGUAAUGGCUUUACCAGCAGAGCUGGACAUACCUACAGAGGUCGUUUCAAUUGAGGCCAUGUCCGGAAGAGCAACAAUACCAUCAGAAAUGCAGCAACCACAAACCAUGGCAGAGGUAAUGCCAUUACAGCAGGAAAUACCAACGGGAGCUAUGGCCACCCAAAUCCAUGUAGAAGCUACACCCUCAACCAUGCAUCAGUCACCAUCUCUGAUAGAGGUGAUUUCAACUGAGGCUAUCUUUAGAAGAGCAUCAAUACCAUUGGAAAUGCAGCAACCACAAACCAUGGCAGAGGUAAUGCCAUUACAGCAGGACACACCAUCAAUACGAUCAUCUGCACCACAACCACAAGGAGUGGCUGAAGUCAUGACUUUUGCUUCAGAGUAUGAAAUGCCUACGGAGGUUAUAACAACUGAGGCCACUACCACUAGAAGGACAUCCAUAUCCUCUGUAGCACAACAACCAUACACAUUUGCUGAAGUAAUGACUUACCCAUCAGAAUAUGAAACACCCACCCAGGUGGUUACAACUGAGGCUAUUUCCACUACAAGAAGAGCGUCUAUAACCAUGCAGCAGCUUCUAACUAUGGCCCAGGUUAUCACAAUGCCUGCAGAGGCAGAGGUGCCUCUAGAGGCAUAUGCUGCCCAAGUUCAAUACAGGAGAGAAUCCAUCCCCUCAGCAGUGCAACCGCCACAGGCAGUAUCAGAGGUCCUGAGUUACUCAUCAGAGUAUGAGACCCCCCUGGAGGUCAUUACAACUGAAGCCUACACCAGGAGAAUGUCAGUUCCCUCUGGCCAGGAGGUUCCCCAGACUGUCCCCGUGGCUCCAGUCACCAUCACCAGGAAGUUCCACCAGGAGUCGAUAGAGAGCCAGGAAAUCCGUGGGCCUGAGAAGGUGGUGUCCAGCCUGAGCCACGUGUACUCCUCCUCUAUCUCCACCUCAGCCCAGCCCCCGGAGAGACUGCCCAGCCUGGUCACUCAGGUGGUCACCACCGAGGUUCAGAGAACCACUGUGUCUGUGGUCCAUGAGAGGCUGCCCCAGGCUCCUGCGUCAGACGCAUUGGCCAUCCCUAUCCAGCCCUCUCCCAAACAGAACGGGAAGAUCUAUUCCGGUGAUGCCAUUGACCUCCGCACCAUUAAGGUCGGUGUAAAGAUGACUGAUUCAGGGAUGGACUUGACUCCUCAGGAAUCGAGUCGCCAGUCCGUCUGUAGCAACUCUAGUGGCCGACAUACGGCAGUGCAGCCAGAGAUAGUGAACCUGAGUGCUGAGAUUACCCCUUCCACCACGUUGGCUGUUGUAACUGAUAGCAUCACUAUUGUCACCUGUUCAGCCACCAUUGCCUCCUACACCAGCGAGCCAGCAGAAAAGCCUUUAGAUCUGCAGAGUUAUGUUGCCUCCAUGCCUCUCCCUCUUACCACAUACAAACCAUUCGAGCCUCUGGCACAGAUAGUGUAUCGGCGGGUAGACUCUCCGCCUAUCGUCAGCACGGUGACAGCCAGAGACACAGAGAUACCAAUUAACCUGUCCUAUGGAGCCUCCACAGUAGAUAGCAGGCUUCCAGUGACCAUGGCCCCAGCUAUCAGCAAUGGGGGGACCAUGCUCUCAGAGCUGGCUGGGGCCGUGGACCUGUCCACCUCCAGACCCCUUAGGGCCAUGGUGGCUCUGUCCGGCACCAGCCCAGGUGUGGUGACCACGGUCGUAGAGGAUGAUGGGACGCCCAUAGAUCUGACAGCUGGGAAAAAUGUGUGCUGUGACGUCAUCUACAAGCUACCCUUCACAGGGAGCUGUAGGACCCAGCCACCAGUUAUUACCCAGCCUGACAACCACUUUGGCUACAGAGACAACCACUAUCAGUAUGAUCAUGCUGGGGUCUAUGGAAUCAAGGUCUUGAACGGCAAGGCCAUGUCUGAGACCAAUCUGGCUGAUGCAGGACUCUUCCUCUAUAAUGGAAAGACCAGAUAUGACUAUAACGGUGUCUUGGACAGUGCAGUAGACCUGACAGCUGGUAAUAUUUCCGCAGGUGAAGCUCUAGACUACAGUAGUAAAGCUGCUGGGGCCUAUACUGGGAUAUCCACUGCUCCAUAUUCCCAGGUCCCUGCUUAUAGUGUCCUUAGAUCCUCAGACGGAAUGGUAUACUCCUCCAUAGCAGCCCCUGUUCCUUCUACAUAUGCCAUUACCACCCAGCCAGGGUCCAUCUUUAGCACCACCCUACCCCCUACCACCACCCUCCAGGAGCAGCCAGCCCAAGCUCCAUACCCCUAUGGCUUCAUCCCCACCACCGACCCUAGCCACCAGAUCAUCAGCCUGGGCACUGGCCUCCCCAAGGACCUGCUGCCCAGCGCUCUGGCUGACAUCAUGACUGGCUUCCCUGCCCUGUACUCUGACCAGACCCUGGAGGCCAUCGCAGCCUCUCUGGAGGCCCUGGCCUCGUUGCCCAUGUUCCCCGGGCUGGAUGACAGCAAGAUCACCCAGUAUCAGAUGGAGAGGGAGUUCCUGCAGCUGGAGAAGCUGAAGCAGCUGUGUCUGGCAGAGGAGCUGGAGUGGGAGAGGCAGGAGAUCCAGCGCUACCGCGAGCAGGAGCAGAUCAUGGUGCAGAGGGAGCUGGAGGAGCUACAGGCUCUGAAACAGAAGUUGUUAGUACAACAGGAAGAGGAGCACCAGGCACACCUUGUAGCACAGCAGGAGACCUACAACCAGCAGAGGGAACAGCUAGAGCAGAUCCAACAGCUCCAGGUGCAGCUACAGCACCAGCUAGAGGAGCACUACGGUACCACAGGAACCUCAGACAACCUGCUAGAGGCACAGUAUGCAGGGGUGGGGGAUAAUGGUCAGUACUGGCCUGUUAGGGAUGAGUCCACCACCUCAUCCACUGUCAUCCAGCUAGAGGGUGGGGUGCAGUAUGUAACCGGUGAGGGUCAGAGAGAGGUUGGAGGUCAGGACCAGCUGCAAUUCAGUAGGAAACAGUCGGCAGGGUCUAAGCAGCCUGGUGACCAGGGGUAUGGUACAGGGGUGGUAGGAAAGAGGAUAGUGGACAGUGGGGUCCAGACAGACGAUGAGGACUCGGUAGAUAGAACGUAUGUGGGGAGGAGGAAGAGGAACAACAGGAGGGGUGUAGACAGCAGUGUUCAGACUGAUGAUGAGGAGGACCAGGAGGUUGAGUGGGACAUGCCAACCAGGUCGCGGCGGCGCUCCCGCUCCAGCAAGCACAGCGGCGAGGGAAAACACGGUGGCUCUAAGGUCUCCAGCAUCGCCAUCCAGACUGUGGCAGAGAUCUCUGUCCAGACCGACCACUCUGGCAGCAUCAAAUGCCCCAGCAUCCAGAUGGACACUAAGGUGGAGAUCAUCAAACACAUCUCAGCCCCAGAGAACUCUCAGAGAGGAGGCAGCCUCAGCUGCCAGACAGACACAGACCGCAGGCGCCACUUGCCCGUAGAGGUGGGCUACAGCGCCUACCUGAAGGCAGACCUCGCCCCCAAGUCCCCCAAAGUGCUCUACUCUCCCGUGUCCCCCCUCUCCGCGAGUAAGGCCAUGGAGGAAGGGCAGAAGAGGCUGACCACUGACCCGUCCAGGUUUUCCUCUGGCCCUAGGAUGCUGAAGCCUGGACCGAAGUCUCUGCCUGACCCCAAGUCUCUCAGCCCCACCACCGAGGACAGGAUAGGCUACCACUACACAGAAACAUACUCUGGCCAGGGCUCUCCGUCAGGCACUGGAAAGAAGGUGAAGAGGACCCUACCCAACCCUCCCCCGGAGGAUGACCCUCUGACUGGCCCGUCAGGCUACAGCACCAACUCAGCACGCCGACGGCUCGGCCGUCACACCACCAUGGCCCGGGCCAAGAUCUUGCAGGACAUCGACAAGGAGCUGGACCUGGUGGAGAGAGAGUCAUCCAAGCUCCGCAGAAAACAGGCCGAGCUAGAUGAGGAGGAGAAAGAGAUUGAUGCCAAGCUGAGGUACCUGGAGAUGGGCAUCAACCGUCGUAAGGAUGCCCUGCUGCAGGAGAGGGAGAAGAGGGAGAGGGCCUACCUGCAGGGUGUGGCUGAGGAGAGAGACUACAUGUCGGACAGUGAGGUCAGCAACAUCAGGGAGACCAGAGGGAACAGCCACGGCCUGGAGAGACCCAGGACAGCUCCCCAGUCAGAAUUCGACCAGUUCAUUCCCCCUGAAACUGAGGCUGACUCCCAGUACUCCACUCUUACCAGUCCCUACUCCCACUACACCCAGUAUGUCCCCCAGACCCAGGCCAUCAGCCACUACCCCCAGCAGACCCUGUACCAGCAGCAGGCCCUCUACCAGCAGCACCCCUACCAGAGUCAGUCAGUCUACUCCUCUGUGCCCAGCCUGUCCUACCCCCAGGCCUCCCACUCCCACCAGCAGGCCCAGUCCUCAGGCUACCAGUCCAAGAACACCACCAACUACGAGGUGAUCCGGAACCAGCCCAUGAUCAUCGUACCCUCCUCCAGCGAGGGUGGGUAUGGGGUGGGGAAGUACGGCAGCCUGGAACUGAGGAUGGGCCUGGAGGAGAGGAGCAUGGCCUCCAGCCCCAUGUCUAGUAUAUCUGCUGAGUCUUUCUACGCUGACAUCGACCACCACAAUGCCAGGAACUAUGUUCUGAUAGAGGACAUAGAGCAGCUGACUAAAGGCUCUACAGCGCUGGGCUCUGCAGGGCUGGGGUCAGGGUUCAGUCUGCCUGAUAAGGACCUGUCUAAGGCUGACAGGCUGCUCCGGGCCGCUGAGGCCAGGCGCACUGCAGAGGUUGCGGAGUUCCUUGGUAACUCGCGUCUGCACAGCUACGGUAAAGGAGAGGAGGACUCUAUGGAGGAGCCUUAUGAGCUGAAGCUCCUGAAGCAACAGAUAAAGCAGGAGUUUAGACGAGGGACAGAGGGUCUGGAGCACCUCUCAGGCCUGGGCAUGCCCCAGUACCUCCCCACUGACCCCAGCUACAGACAUUUCCCUAAGGCUGACAAGUACAGCAUCAGCCGGCUGACUCUGGAGAAACAGGCUGCCAAGCAGCUCCCUGCCGCCGUGCUCUACCAGAAACAGAUCAAGAACCAGAAGAAGGCAGCCCUGUUGGACCCCAAGAUAACCAAGUUCUCCUCCAUCCAGGAGAGCAGAGACCUGGAGCCAGACUACAACAGUUUCCUGGGCUCUGGAGCCUCGUCUGUCACCAACCUGUCCACGCGAGCCAGACUGCUCCAGGAUGAGAUCACCUUUGGCCUGAGGAAGAACCUGUCUGAGCAGCAGAAGUACCUGGACUCCUCCCUGGGAUCUAACCUGGCUGGCUCUCUGGGCCAGAACCUGGGCCAGUCCCUUGGCCUGGGGGGACCCACCAUGAGGACUACCCUACAGGACGACACCACCUACCCCAGUGGCACGCGCUCUCGCCCCUCCUCCCGACCCAACUCCCGCCCCAACUCCCGUCCCACUUCCGUCUAUGGCCUGGAUCUGUCCAUCAAACGGGACCUUUCCAGCUCCUCUCUCAGGCUGAAGAUUGAAGGAGAAGCAUUGGACGGAGCGUUCGGCACGGGGGUGGCCAGGACCAAGCCCACCAGCCUGCCUAUAAGCCAGAGCCGCGGGCGCAUCCCCAUCGUGGCUCAGAACUCAGAGGAGGAGAGCCCUCUGAGUCCUGUAGGAGAGCCCAUGGGCAUGGCCAGAGCCUCAGCCGGCCCUCUACCACCCAUCUCAGCUGACUCCAGAGACCAGUUUGGCUCUAACCACUCCCUGCCGGAGGUCCAGCAGCACAUGAGGGAGGAGUCCAGGGCUACACUGGGACAUAGUGGGGUCUACGACAGAGACAUAGCCUUCACCAUGGACGACCUGGGGGGAGCCAUGUCUGACAGCGAAGCCCUAACUGACUCCAUGCUGACACUGAACAGAGAUGAUCCCAGAAUCUUUCAUGAGAGUAUCAGACACGCCGGAGGCCCCAACUGGAACAUAGAAGCGUACCACCUGAGGAGGGAGGACACUGACUGGUUUGAUAAGCCUGCAGAGAGACAACAUCAGGAAAAUGGACAGCCUCUGGACAGGAGACAGAUUAAGCUGAUUCCCUAUGUGUUCCCUCACACCCGGCUCAAACUACAGAGAGACCCCAAGGACACCAGUGUCUCAGGGAAUGGCCUGGGGAUCCGUGUGGUGGGAGGAAAGGAGAUUCCUGGUUGUCAUGGUGAGAUAGGAGCCUACAUUGCCAAGGUUACACCCGGAGGAGUGGCCGAACAGACAGGGAAAGUGGUGGAAGGAAUGCAGGUGUUGGAGUUGAAUGGGGUUCCUCUGAUGGGGAAGACUUACGAGGAGGUGCAGUGCAUUAUGGGUCAGCUGUGUGCAGAGACUGAGCUCUGUGUGAGACUUGACCUGAACAUGCUGUCUGACCCUGAGCAUCCCCAGGCCCUGGAGAACCAUGACCAGCUGAAGCCUGGUGACAGGCAGUGUUCUCCAGGAGUGGACCCUAAGCAGCUGGCUGCAGAGCUGCAGAAGGUUUCCCAACAGCAGGCUCCUGGGAUGGGGGUAGGAAUGGGGGUGGGGGGGCCAGGAGGAGUAGGGGUCCUCUCUGCCCUUGACCGCUCAGCUCUGUUACACUCAGGCAAUGCAUCGGCCAGCUCUAGUGCCGUCCCCAGCCCCGGUCAGCCUGCCUCCCCAGCCAUCAUCAAGAAACAACGCCACAGCGCCAAGUCGGCAGCGGAUGUGCAGGUGCUAAAGCCUCAGCCUCACCCUAUAACAGGAGAAAUACAGCUCCAGAUCAACUAUGAUAGGAACCUGGGGAACCUGAUAGUGCAUGUGCUCCAGGCAAGGAACCUGGCUCAGAGAGACCCCAACAGAUACUCUGACCCCUUUGUCAAGGUCUACCUCCUACCAGGGAGAGGACAAGUCAUGGUAGUCCAGAACGCAAGUGGUGAGAACAAGAGGAGGACCAAGUACGUUCAGAGGAGUCUGAACCCAGAGUGGAACCAGACCGUCAUCUACAAGAACAUACACCUGGAACAGCUGAAGAAGAAGACUCUGGAGGUGACAGUGUGGGAUUAUGACAAAUCUUCCUCCAAUGACUUCCUGGGAGAAGUGUUGAUAGAUCUGUCUAACACAUCUCAGCUGGACAACACUCCUCGCUGGCUGCCUCUGAAGGAGCAGAGUGAGAGCAUUGAGCAUAGCAGAGCACACCACACCGCCCAGGGGCCUGGGGGGCCAGGAGCAGGGGCAGGGCCGGGACAGGGGCCCAUAGCGGGGCAAGGAUCAGGCAAGGACAUGGGGCCAGGAUUAGGACAAGGACAAGGACAAGGCCUAAUGCAUGGACAGGGACAGGGGCAGAUGGAGGAGUGCCUUGAGUCCCCCAAGAAUUCUGUGAUAAAGAGCAGAAGCCACGGGAUCUUCCCUGACCCAGCAAAAGACAUGCAGAUGGUGACUCUAGAGAAGUCCCACAGUAGUCCCGGCAGCUCUAAGUCAUCGUCAGACGGCCAGCUUCGUUCCCACGGUCCGUCCCGCAGCCAGAGCAAGAGCAGUGUCACGCAGGCCCACCUGGAGGAUGCUGGGAUAGCUAUAGCUGCCGCAGAGGCCGCUGUGCAACAAGCCCGCCUCCAACCGAGACCAGGCCACAGGUUGGGGGAUGUGUCGGGGCCGGUGGUGUCCUCAGCCCCCAAUCUGCUGGAGGGAUAUGGGGGUCUGGAUGGAGAAGAGGGGGCUGGCACAGGGGUCGACAGCGCCAUUUUCCAGGUCCCACGCAUAGGGAAGACCAUCCCCAACGGCAUUGACAAGUCUAGAGGACUGCCACUCUCACUAUCAGACAAUGAGGGGGGUGGGGGUAAGACCCAGAUGAUGGGGGAGAUCAAGGUGGCCCUGAAGAAGGAGGUGAAACAAGAGGGAGACCAGCUGGUCCUGGAGGUUCUACAGUGUAGAAACAUCACUUACAAGUUCAAGAGCCCAGACCACCUACCAGAUCUCUAUGUGAAGCUGUACGUUGUUAAUGUGGCGACUCAGAAGAGAAUCAUCAAGAAGAAGACCAGAGUUUGUCGACACGACAGAGAACCCUCCUUCAACGAGACCUUUAGGUUCAGCCUCAACCCCACCGGACACUCCCUGCAGUUGUUCCUGGUGUCUAACGGGGGUAAGUUUAUGAAGAAGACCCUGAUAGGAGAGGCCUACAUCUGGCUGGACAAGGUGGACAUGAGAAAGAGGGUGGUCAGCUGGCACAAGCUGCUGGUCAAUUCCACACACAACCAGUCCUGAGAGUUCAACUUGAGAACACAGAGAGGUCAACCAGAGGUCAGUGAAGGUCAAUGAAUAGUAUUGGUCAAUGCUUGCUCGUAGAGGAGGACGAAAAAGAGGAAAAGGGAUAUGAGUUGCGUUACAGUGUCCUGCAUCUCCUUUGUGUUAUUUUAUAUGGAAAGAAGAGAGCGAGGAAGGAGAGGAAGGAAUGAAUGAAUGAAUGAAUGAAGGAAGGAAGGAAGGAAGGAAGGAAGGAAGGAAGG